GGCUUAUCAGAGAGAAACAAGAGUAGGAGCCCUCAAAGAGAGAAAUAAAAAAAAAUGGAUCAAAGUUUGUAUCGUAAGUGCUUGGUUAUUUUGUUGGCGAUGGCGAUGUUCGGAACAUCAACGGCGUAUUAUCGCGGGUCCGUGUGGCGCCGGGGUUCGGCCACUUUCUAUGGCGACGAGACUGCUAGCGCAACUAUGGGUGGGGCUUGUGGCUACGGCAACCUAUGGGACAGCGGCUACGGCGCGGCCACGACGGCACUAAGCACAGUGCUGUUCAACGAUGGUUAUUCUUGCGGUCAAUGUUUCCAAAUACGGUGCGUGUCCUCGCCUAACUGCUACUACCGUUCACCAGCCACCGUGGUGACUGCAACCAACAUAUGUCCACCCAAUUGGGGCCAAAACUCCAACAAUGGUGGCUGGUGUAAUCCGCCACGUGCCCAUUUUGAUUUAGCUAAACCGGCUUUCAUGAAAAUCGCUAAUUGGAAGGCUGGUAUCGUCCCCGUCUCAUACCGGAGAGUGGCAUGCAGAAGGAUGGGAGGAAUCAGGUUCAAAUUUGAAGGAAAUGGAUAUUGGCUACUUGUGUACGUAAUGAACGUGGGUGGUGCUGGUGAUAUCAAGUCAAUGGCUGUUAAAGGUAGCCGCACGAACUGGAUCAACAUGAGCCAUAAUUGGGGAGCUUCGUACCAAGCUUUCUCUUCUCUCUAUGGUCAAUCUCUCUCGUUCCGAGUCACUUCUUACACAACUCGUCAGACCAUUUAUGCUUGGAAUGCUGCUCCGGCUAGCUGGAGCGCAGGCAAGACUUACAAGAGCAGAGCUAAUUUUAGCUGA